AUGGCUGAUAAUAGUAUACAAUAUUAUGAAGAAGUUACUGAAAUUGAUGAGAUAGAGUUAUUAGAUUCUGAUGAGGAUUAUACUAGUGAUGAUUAUGAUGAUGAUUAUGAUCAACAAUUAUUAUCUGCUCAACAACAAUGGGAUGAAAGUAUGAAACAAAUUCAAUCUUUAUUAAGUUUUGUUGUAUUUCCAUUAAUUGGUAAAUUAUUAGGUAGAAGAUUUAGUAAGAUUAUAUGGAGAAGAGUGGCUAAUUGGAUAUGGAGGUAG